CCUAGAAAAGUUUCAGAAGUUAAAAAUGUCUCGUUCAUCAGAAGAAGUGUUAUUAAUAGUCAACCAUGUCCGGCAGAAAAAAACGGACGGUACCAUGUAUUUAAUGGGAGAGAGACUGGCAUGGAUGCCUGGUGGAAAAGACACUUUUACAAUAAGUCAUCUUUAUGCUGAUAUUAAAAGUCAGAAGAUAUCUCCAGACACGAAAGAUAAAGUCCAGUUACAGCUGGUAUUUAAUGAUGGAGGAGCUAAUACGUUUCAUUUUAACAAUCCUGAAGGUCGACCAGCCAUGAUAAAAGAUAGAGACAGCGUUAAAGAAAUACUCCAACAACUCUUACCCAAAUUUAAACGUAAAAUUAGUAGUGAAUUGGAAGAAAAAAAUAAAAUCCUUCAAGAAAACCCUGAGAUAUUUCAACUCUAUAAAGAUUUAGUUGUUAGUCAGGUUAUUUCAGCGGAAGAAUUCUGGUCUACAAUUUCUAAUAAAUUAGCUAGUAGUAGUAAAGUGAGCACACCAAACCAAACAGUUGGAGUCUCUCCUGCUUUCCUUGCCGAUAUUAAACCACAAAGUGACGGCUGCAAUGGAUUAAAAUAUAAUUUAACAGCUGAUAUUAUAGAAUCUAUAUUUAAAACAUAUCCUAUGGUGAGAAAGAAACAUGCAGAAAGUGUCCCACAUCAACUGACAGAGAGUGAAUUCUGGACCCGAUUCUUUCAGUCACAUUAUUUCCACCGAGACAGAAUGAAUGUAGGAAAUAAAGAUCUGUUUUCUGAUUGCGCCAAAAAUGAUGAGGAAGAAAUGAAAGAAGAAAUGUCGAAACAAGUGAAAAAUCCUAUGAUGGAUUUAACAACUAUCUCAGACAAUUCAUUAGGAGAGGAAUAUCGUGUAAUAUCUGAGGGUGGUGCUAGAAAAUCAGCCAAUCAGAUUAAUGUAUCAAUGAUUAAACGUUUUAACCAUCAUUCUACGAUGGUGUUAAAAGCUUCUGUUAAAUCUUUACCUUCUACUUCUACUGAUGAACCUCCACAUAAAAAGAGAAUAAUACAAGAGAUGAUACAAUUCGAAGAUUUAGAAGAGGAGAGUAAAAAAGACAGCGUUAGUUUACGAUUGGACAAGAUGGAGAGAUAUUUACACGGCCCCACCCCCGUCACAGCAUGUCGAUAUACCAGUAGUCAGACAGUAUUACACGCCUCACAAACAGUUAACAACGAUAUUAAUACAUGGUCACUGGAUUUUAAUAAUAUAUUAACGGGAAACAGUGCUGUUGGUGUAUUGGGAGAACUGUCACCAGGGGGAGCCUUAAUGCAAGGAACGAGUCAUCAACAGUUACAUCAAAUGAUACCAAAAGAUAUUCAGCAGGAAAUACGCCAGCAAUAUUCAGCACUCUGUGAAUUAUUACGCCACUUCUGGAACUGUUUUCCAGUCUCGUCAAAAUUUUUAGAAGAAAAGGUGGUGAAAAUGAGGUCAACAUUAGAAAGAUUCCAACUAGCUAAAUUAAACCCACUGAAAGAUAAAUUAAAUGAAAACCAUUAUAAUAUUAAUUUAAUGGGUCACCUUGAAGACAUGUUAAGUGCAGCUUACACGAAAUUUGAUACUUGGCAGAUGAAGAAGAAAACAAAACGAUGACAUCUUGGAUCUUCAAACUGGACAUUUGUUUUGUUUUUUUUAUCAACCAGAAUAAGUGGAAGGACAUGUUGAUAAGAAAGGAAUUUACCUGUUGAAGUAAAACAUGGUAGAAAUAUGUGAUAGUGGCUGAAGUGUUGAAGAUUUUGACAUCUUAACAUGUAGACAUUCGUUGAAAAUUCAACAAAUUUUGAUAAGAAAGAGUUUUACCUGUUAAAGUCAAACAUAAUAGAAUGUUUUGGAAGUGUUAAAGAUUUGAUAUCGUUCCUCAUUUCGAGGCUAGUCGUUAGUUGUAUUGAAGACCAACAAAUAGGCUACAGGUGUAUCAAGAAUUAUGGAGCUUCCAAUAUGGCAGUUCUAAGUCUAAGAUUAAAUGAAUAAGUAUUGAGAGACGAGAUGGCUUCCAAAAUAAAUUGUUGAAAUAACUUGUGGAAAAUAUGAUGUAAUGUUGAUGGUUUUGAAUUCCCACAUCUUUUUGGAGACACCUAAGGGUUCAAAUUAUAUUUUUGAAUAUGUAGAAUGUAUGGAAAUAUGGAAUUUUGGUGCAUUUUUAGUAAAUGUGUGUAUUCUGGAAUGUGUGGGUUACCAUGGAAACCUGUGAUAUUUAUUAUUAUUGAUAAUUCUAUCAUUUGAAUAAAUUUCUCACAAAACUUGAGAAAA